GUUCAAGCUCUGAAUGCGUUUGAAUCUUACAAGAAAAAAGAUUCCGCCAAAGUUGUCGUUCGAUUCAAAGCAACAGGAAAUGCACCUAUCAUGAAAAAUAAUUAUUUCAGAAUCACUGCUUUUAAUCGAUUUCAAGCUGUCAUACAGUUCUUGCGAAAGGAGCUAGGAUGGAAACAGGGAGACGCCUUGUUCCUCUAUAUCAAUUCCUCAUUCAGUCCUGCACCAGAUGAUACCGUCGGUAAUCUCUUCAGGUGUUUUGGCACAGAAGGUCAUCUAAUCGUCAAUUAUUCAACGCAAGCAGCAUGGGGAUGA